GUACUUAACUAACGGCCCAGUUCGUUCGUCAAAAAGUUAGUGAAUUGUUUGGUUAGAACGUCGAAUUUGUGGAGAGUUAUUUCGUGGUGUUUCCGCUGUUUUGUUUUUGUGGAACUCGAACGAAGAAAGUUUUAAUGCGAGCAUUACUUCAUUGUUGUUACCUGGCGUAACCGUCACUGCAGGUGAAUUGACAAAGUUCGGCCAUUUUGAUCAAUUUCGUAUUUUUUUAUUUUGGCAGGAGAUAGAAAACAAUAACAUGAAGAUGUGAACAGAUACCAUUACAUAGAGAAAUCUCGUUAAGAAAAUGAUGUCAGGGGCUAAUAACGACCAAGGAAGGAAGCGCCGCCCCCCCAGAGUUUUCGCGAUCUCUACGGAUCUGAGGGUCCAAGAUCAGGUGGAAGGUUCCAUCCGGUUGCUGCGGGGGUUUUUGUGCCAAGAGCAGGAUGUGAGCAGGACCAAAGGCGACUGGGUUUGGGUGAAGGUUUUGGACAAUAACGUCAUGGUAAAAAUAGAGAGGAAGUUCCUGCUGGAAAUCCAGAGUGAACAUGGUGGUCUGCUGGAGGCUGUGACUGAUCUGGAGGCCCGUCUGAAGCUCAUUAAUGACCAAGGAAAGUUGCAGCAGCUGGCAACAUUAGCUGUUGACUCCCCACUCUGGGUGCAAAUCGGCCAAAAAGAUGAGUUAGCAGAGGCAGAGCUAAAAUACAUUGGGCCUCUGAACAGAGGAAGUGGAGUGUACUUUGGAGUGCAACUCAAGGGCUCAGCAGCAGGUAAAGGAGUCAGCAACGGUUCCUACAAAGGCCACCAACUGUUUGUCUGCCCCGAAGGCUGCGCCCUGUUCCUGCCCAUCAGUGACAUCCGACUACGCCACUGGCCAAGUAAAAGCGACCCCAACAUCCAGGAAAAAGUUCGUGACCGGGAGCAGCGCCGCAGCAAUGGGCAUCAGAGCAGCAGCAACAGCAGUAACAACAGCCGGACGAGCCAUCAGCUGCAGCCACCGCAACAGCAGCAAGGCCGUCACCAACUUCGGUCCAGCAGCCCUCGUCCACUGAGUCCUAGCAUCAUUCCUAGAACGACAGACCCGGCUUUGACAUUCACCAUAGGCCAGCGUGUUACCUUCCAGCCCGAGGAAACUGUCUAUGCUGGGGAGGUGCGCUUCUGUGACCUCCUGCCUGGUCGCCCCUCUGCAGGGACCUACGUCGGCAUACUGCUGGACACUCCUUCUGGUAACUGGGACGGGCAUUACAGAGGAGAGAAGCUCUGCGACAUUCCUUCACCUCUCUAUGGACUCCUGCUGCCUCUUAAUGUGGUUUAUGCAGCCAGAGAGCCAGAAGACAGUUUAUCCAUUGACACUUUUACUGCUGACAGUCCAGGAACCAGAGAUGGAAAUUGUUUUCAUGAUCAGUAUCACUUAUCAAUUAAAUUCCUUAUCGAUUCUCAUGAGUCUAAACCCAGGCCUCAAAGUCCUCUACCACAGUCUCACAAACCUCUGCCAAAACCAGCGCCACCACCUGUCAACCGGUCUACUGUAACAUCACCGCCACCAUCCUACAACUCCAAGGUCGCCUUGAUCCCACCCGGAAAGCAAGCGGUGAAACCUCCUCCACUCCCACCUCCAAAACCCACUCAUAAACCUCUGUCACCGCGUCCUCCACCUCUUCCUCCUCCGAAGCCCCGCACUCCGUCGUCAACCAGCAUUACCGACCAAUCGCCACACGCUAACGGCAUCCAUAGUUUUGCCUCCUCCCUUUUGUUGUCCCCAGAUGGACACAAGGCUCCAACAGACAUCGGCGAGGCGUGUUUAGAGAACGAGUUUGAGGUGGGCUCGCUAGUGGAAGUGAAUGACCCACCCAUUUUUGGGGUCAUCUGCUGGAUUGGACACAUCAGUGGUAUUUCUGAGCAUGUGGCAGGAAUUGAACUAGAUCACGAACUGUCUGCAGGAACAGAUGGCAGUUACCUGGGCGAACGCUACUUUCGUUGUCCUCCUAACAAGGGGUUGUUUGUCAAACUCCGAAAUUGCAGAAGGGACUCAAGGUUCCCUGCCCCAGAAACACCUCUCAAUCAAGUGGAGCGGUGCAACUCUAUAGCUUUUGCAGAAUGGGGCAGUGAGCGUGUGGAAGAGCACACACCUCCUGUGGAAGGUGAGGAGGCCAGACAGCUGUAUGACGGCUGUAAGAGAGGCAUUCAGGGUCAUCUGAACUCCUGCUACCUGGACGCCACGCUGUUUAGUCUUUUCUCCUGCUGCAGCUCAGCAGACUGGGUUCUCUUUUGGCCGUCAGACUUGAAAACCGACUCAGACUCCAGUCAGGCUCAAGACCUGCUGCGCUGUGAGAUUGUCAACCCGCUCCGAAGGUACGGUUAUGUGUGUGCUAGUAAGACCAUGGCUCUGAGACACCUGCUGGAGGCCCCUAACAGUGACACCGGCUUCACCAACCAGGAGAAAGAUCCGGAGGAAUUCCUCAACAGGCUUUUCCAGCUCCUCCAAGUUGAGCCGCUCCUCAAGAUCAGAUCCAUGUCCCAGCAACCUCAGGAGUGUCACCUCUACCAGCUCUUCCCACCUACUGUGCCCCACUCUCCCAGCUCACACUUAGCCAACUCACCAGUGCACUCCCCCAUCCCUCUCUUGUCACCCUCGUCCACCCGGAUGAGAGUUGCUAGUGUCCAGACACUUCUGGAGUCGUCCUUCCUCCAUGCCGGCCUCAAGUUUGUUGAGGCUCCCUCCUGUCUCCUGCUGCUCAUGCCCAGGUUUGGCAAAGACUUUAAAAUGUUUGAUGCCAUCUUGCCAACCCUCAGCCUGGACAUCACUGACCUCCUUGAUGACACUCUGAGGCAGUGCAGCAUCUGCCAGGCCACGGCUGAAUUUGAGUGUCUGCAGUGUUACGAUGAUGUGGACAUCACACCAGGUCGUCCAAAACAGUUCUGCAGCACCUGCAAUACACAGGUCCACAGUCACAGGAAAAGGAUGUCCCACAGCCCAGUAAAAGUGGGUAUUCCUGAUGGUCCAUGGUCCGGGUCUCUGCACUGCACCCGCCGAACAAUGUCUCUCUUUGCUGUGACAUGCAUAGAGACAAGUCACUACGUGAGUUUCAUCAAGCACGGGCCUCUCAACACAGACUGGCUGUUUUUUGACAGCAUGGCAGAUAGAGAAGGUGGUCAGAACGGUUUCAACAUCCCACGGGUGAUGUCGUGUCCUGAAGUGGGUCGUUACCUCAGUUUGUCAGAGGAGGAGCUGAGCCGUGUGGAUGCUGCAUCAAUACGUGAGACAACGCGACGUCUGCUGUGUGACUCGUACAUGUGUCUGUACCACAGCCCUGAGCUCAGCCUGUACAAGUGAUGUGACCACAGACACAGAAGUGAUUUAGAUUCACAGAUGCUGAUUUUUUCAGGAUUUGUUUUUUUAAAAGUAAAAGUGAAGGAUGUUCUGUUUACAAUCAAAGGUUCGUUUGUUCCUUUUGACUAAACUAAAGAUCAUUAUAAUGGCAAAAUCCAAGAGUUGGAUAAGAUUAAAAAAAUACUAUUUUAACACAUUUUCAGUCUGUCACAAAUCCCUAUAAUUUAAAUGUGGUGGAUCAUUAGCCAAUAUAAGCUGCUCAUGGUUAUUCUAAAUCCUGUUCAUGAAGACGUGACGGCAGUCGAGAAGAACUGAUACGUGUUUAAUUGUGCCAUAUAUGUAUAUAUGUAAUAUAAAUGUGACUGAGUCACAGAGCUAAAUGUCCAAAUCUUUGAUUGCCGUAAGUAUAUUAUCUCUGGACUGUGAAAUAUUCCAUGUAAUAUUUAAUCACAUCGAUGGUUAAAGCUAUGGAAUGACAUUUUAUUGUCUCCAUAAUAUGUUGUAGAGCCAAACGUAUAAAUGAUUAUUUAUUUCCAAAUUGUCAGGUCCCAGUAACUGAUAUUUCAUUACAUUAUGCAAGUAAAUACAAGUUUACCUUACAUUUUUUGAACAAUUGUACACUGUACUAAACUGACAACUAAAACACAAACCAACACUAUAACUGCUUUGUUUUUUUGUUUUUGUUUUCUUUAACUAUAGUGCCUUAAACUGUUUCUAUAGAUUGAACACUAUUGUUUUAACCAUUGUGCUUGUACUGCUGACAGCUUGUUUGUGUGAGCAGCUACAGAAAACAGGUAACUGUUCCAAGCAAUAAAUGUUUAAUAUGGUU